AUGCGGUUUGGCGGCUCCAGGAUUCCGCACGUCGUCUUGCUGUGUAUGGGAUGGUUUGCGGGCGGCAUGACGGAGCGCGCGAGCUGGUUGCUAGGCAACGGGCCAGCGCAAUCGAUUAGGGUGUCGAUCAGCCAGCUCACCGCAUCCGUGUUGAGGUUAGGGACACAAGCCCACCCCGUCCAUUUGUAUUCAUUCACCGACUCUUGUUACGCGCCCACGUCCUUUCCAGCCGCAGUUGGGGCCGUCGCUGUCGCAUGCCGCCCGCGCAAAACCUGCCCGUGGCUCGAUGAUCUGAGUGAGGAGUGGAUACCGCAGCAGUCCACACCGCCAGCAGAGUGCCCCAUGCCGGCACCACCCACGCCCACCGCCCAGAGUGCACCGCCCAAGCCGCGGAGUCGACUCCCCCGCCUCAGGCACUCGUCUGGCUCUUUCUCAGAGAUCCAGGUGCGGAGCGACCUGCGACCGACCAAGCAGAGGAACGCGCUGGCAGAGCGCAGCCACCGCGACGCCAGCACCUCCCCCGUCGCGUCGCGCGAAGUCUCCCAGGCUGUCGACCCCGCCCGCGACGUGUCCCAGUGUUUCACAACAGACUCUCAACGGUCGAUCCUAUACGGCACCGUCGCCCACAACACAGUCGCGAUAUCGUCAGCAAAGGCGAACGGCUACUACGAGACACCAGAAUGGAAGCGGCGGCUGGUGAAGGGCGAGGGGAGCGAACAGAAGGACCUCUUUGGCCCCACCGGCCUCGAGAACAUUUUCGCAAAGCCCACGAGUACCCCCCCAAAGGACGAGCCACAUUCGAAACGGAAGCUGGGCAUGCUGAGGGGCCUUGCCGCCAUACCGUCGAGCCCACCGCCAUGGCCAGCUGCAGCCACCGACUCGGAGCUGGAUCGGUCCCUCUCACAGGCAGAGAGCCAGGUGCACCACCGACAAGACUCGCAACAAGAAGAAUCAGUUGCAGACCCCGACGAGUCGCUCUCCGCAGCCCAGCAGGAAGCUGCUCGAACUGUCAGCGGCCAGAUCGAGUUCGAGAACGAGCAGUUCAGCCCAGUCUUCAUCAACACCGAACUCGAGAUUGGGCAGACUCCCAACCCCGCGCUGAACUUGAGAGGCUCCGAACUUGCAAACAGACUGCGACAGAUUGGCUCGCCGCCGCCCGGCCAGCACGACUCGCUGCGCGAAGAAAGCUCGCUGAACUACAGUCGAGAAGACUCGUCCUUCGCGAGGAUACAGGACGACUCGCUACCCGAAGGCCUGCCAGCUGGCACGCCAGACAUCGCCGACGUUGGCCGAUUCGUCGAGCUUCGAAGAGGCGGCUACUCUCGAGAAGGGUCCUUUAGAAGACGGCCACUCAGCCCAUCGCCUGAGAGAGCAAACAGGACGUCAAACCAAUCAAUCAAGCUUGAGAGAGCACCCACAGCGCAAGGCACGGGCCGCAGCAGUCUCUCGGUUCAGACUGCUGUAAAGGACGGCCAACCCACAGCCAGCGAUUCAGCCAUAGUAGACGACGAAGAUGAUCCAAAGACACCUCGUCGACGAGCGAACCAGUUGCUGAGCCCGGAUCGGGCAAGGAGCUCAGCAAGUCCGCUGAAGCUGUUUGGCGCACACGACACUUUCACGAGCAACCGGUUAAUAAGACGCCUGAGCCAGUUAGAGUACAAGCCAGACUCGGCCACUUCAAGCAGUGUGCAGGACAGCAAGGCUGAAGCUGCGAGGCCGGUGCAGAACAAGUCAAGGUUGACUUCAGUGGAAGAAGUCAGCGUCGUACACAGCGGGAUAUCGCAGGCAACGGAUGCUCGGCAGCCGUCGCCACGUCGGGUGAGUGCCUUUGGACAAGGUCAGCUUAACAAGUACCAGUUCGACGCCGACUACUCCGUACUGUCUUCGGAACAAUCAGAUGCUCAGGAUGAUAGUGCGCCUGAGGAUUCCCCCACGAGUGAUAUCGCCCCUCCCGGCAGUCGUCCACCCUUCAAGUUCCAGCUCGAUGAAUCGCCCACCCGCAGAUCGUCACGAACCACAAGACAGCCGUCGCGGCAUAUCUCAAAUCCUUUCAGAUCAGCGAGUCGAUCGGGUCCGCAGUUCAAACGCCAUGUGCCUCCACAAAAAGCGGAGGAACAGCUAGAUGAACAUCAGGACUACGCCGAUGGCAAGCGCGGCCCAACUUCACCUUUCAAGAACCCGACUCCCAAGCGUCGAAGAACCAUCAACGAGACUUUUGAGGAGAGCGAAAUCAACGACUCCCGCACUGAUGCAGGGUUGCCCCCAACGCAGGACUCGCAUGCAGCAAUACAGGCAGUCCUCGGACAAAACCAACAAGUUAUCGAUCGUGAGAUCCCCGCCAACGCAGCAGAUCCGGACAUCCUGGCUCGACGGCAUAUUCUGAGACCUCGCAAUCCCACUCCCAGCCAGCGAAGGCGCGAGGAGAUCGAGGCUGAGAUCUUGGAAGCUACAGAGGCCUUCAUCCAGGCUUCACCAAAGCUGAACACGAUACGUGAGCAGCUGGAGCCAUCUAUGGUCUCGGAUGAAAGCGAAGAGCAGGAUCGAGCGGCUGCAGUCGCAAAUGAGGUUGCCAUGUUCACUAUGAAGCGGCAAGCUAUGCGAAACCAGAACCGCAAGCGAUCUGUGACAACGCAGGACUUCUUGGAUGAAGCACUGAAGAUCAUGAACUUCAUUCGUACGAAAGGCAGACCAACCAGUGGGCUUGGAGACCUCGAAGAGGCAUCCGAAUUCGAAAUGCCCGAAGAUGUGAGCGAACAACCUUCGACAUCACUCACAUUUGAACGGCCUCCUAGCCGAGAAGGCCAUCGUUCUGCCUGGCGAAAUCCCAACAAGCGCGACUCAGACCCCAGUAUUAUCACACAUCUACGAAAAUACGAGGAGAAGGAGACGGACACCUUCCUAAACUCGUCACUGAAUUCAGUGAAGAUCUCGAGAAGCGCAGUGCCGGAAGAAAUUGGCGUGAUCGUUGAGAAAAACGACAUCCGGAUUGCUGAUCAUCGCACUCGACCUUUCGGCCCAGAUGACAGCGAGUACGACCCCAACGAUGCCCGACCCCAGACCGGUCAAUCCGCCGGCUCAUCUCUGGGACACACUAUCGCUACAAACAUAUCACGCCGCUCUGAUCAAGUUGCCACCCUCGCACCGGAAGCAGUCGCACAUCUCAUACCACACCAGAUUGCAGGCAUGAGCUUCAAUUGCGAAAAGAAGAUCUGGGUCCGCCAGAAAAGUCCUUCGAAAGAACACCAGCUACCCGAAGAGGACCACAGUAGCAUGAACCAGAGCGAAGAGGAUCCGUUCAACAACAUCCCAGAUCUGUCAGUGAGCGAGACGAAAGACAGCACGACGCAGACAGCGACGCCAGCACACCCUCAACCCACUGCAGAAACACUCCUGGAAGACGACGAAGCCGAUGAUGCCCGCCCAAUGACAUGCGCAAGCUCCGUUCCCUCUAAAGCUUCCAACAACUUUGCGUGGAGCUUGACAAAGACAGAAACACGAGCUACAUCGUGUAGUACACAAGUACCGCCGCGCAAACGGAGUGCUCAAAAGGCCCCUCCGCCUCAGACAACUUACGCAAUCCCGGAAUCCGACGAGGAUGAUAUCGAACACGAGAUUCAAUAUUUUGAGGGCCGCAAUGCUGCUACGCCCAAUGCACCACAUGCCCGCGUUCGCGACAUCACAAUUUCUUUCGCGGAACGCGAGGUAGGAGACCCCGAACGACGACAUACAGAACCUCCACAUCACUUUGGGCAACCCCCAAGGGGCUUCUCAGGCAUCCCGCAGACAAUAAAACCAACAUGGUCUCAUGCAAAUGGCACAAGCACGCUACCCAGGACACGGCCAAACCAGAGACCAAGAUUCAACGAGGACGGUGACUUGUCAAUUCUGGAAGAACUGCCUUCGAAGAAUUACCGAAUGGAGCUGUCCAUGAACGUCUCUGCACCGGUUCUUGGGCAAGGCAAGCAAGACGGACUACUCGUAGCACCAGCGUCGCCAGUGAAGGGAGACGUCACGUUCAUGCUCAGUGAUCUGCCUGACUUCACUCUCAACCAGAUCGACGAGUUUGAUCAUCCAGAUCGCGUGAUUGUUAGGCACGACGGAACUCGAUACUCCGAGAUACUCGAGGAUCGUUACGCUCAGGGCACCGCUGAGCUUGUGAAAGCACUUCAGGAUAUCGAGCCAGAUGAGCCUUACUGGGAAGAUCUUCGCGAGGUCACGUUGCGCGGCAAGAACCUUGCUAGCCUGCACCGCCUCGAGGAGCUCUGCUACCGCCUCGAGGAGCUUGAUGUCUCCAACAACAAGAUCAGUCAGGUUGAGGGCAUCCCAUAUGCUAUGCGACGAUUACAAGCACAGAACAAUUCUCUUACCGGUCUUACUUCUUGGGCGACAUUGGGCAACCUGCAGCACCUGGACAUUUCGAACAACGACAUCGACAGUCUGGAUGGACUCGCCGAGCUGGUUCAUCUACGGGUACUGAAAGUCGACAACAAUAAGCUGAAAUCGCUUGAUAGUAUCCUGCAUCUUGAUGGUCUGAUCGAGUUGCGUGCUGGAGGCAACGACAUUGACCUGGUGGACUUUGCACGUUCAAAUCUGAAAUCCUUGACCGGCCUAGACCUGCGGAAGAAUCGCCUGCUGGAGGUACGGAACGUGCAUCGCCUGCCCCAGCUCCAGCACCUGAACCUUGAUGACAACGAACUGGAUGAAUUCCCGUUGUCCGACAUGCCUUCCGAACCAUGCAAGCAUCUACGAUCCAUCCGGAUCUGCCGGAACGGUAUGACAUUGCUCGACGUCGACGGGCAUUUCCCGAGGCUCGAGUCCCUCUAUGUUGACGGCAACGCUUUGACGCACGUCACCGGUCUUGAGCAUCUACGACGUCUCCGCACUUUCUCGGCAAGGGAACAGAUGCUAGGCACCGACUCAGAUGCGGAAAGUUGCGUGGGAAACCUGGUCAGGAACACCGACGUUCACAACCUUUACAUUUCCCUCAACCCAGCAUAUACUCUGAGUAUAACACAGCACCUCAUGAACCUUCAGCGGCUCGAGCUCGCAUCUAUGGGCCUGAAAGAGCUGCCCGAUAACUUCGGACAGCUCACACCGAAUAUUCGAUCGAUAAACCUCAACUUCAACUCUUUACAAGACCUCCGACCACUACUCAACAUCAAGAGGCUAAGCGAGCUGCUUCUGGCCGGCAAUAAACUCGAGCGUCUGCGCCAAAACGCCAUGGUUUUGGGCAAGUUCCCAUCUCUUUCGAAGCUCGACUGGCGUGACAACCCUGUCACACUCCGCUUUUACGCUUCAGCCUCGGAGAACAGGAUCAUGUCACUCAGACAGAAUCCAGAUGACGAGCAGCUCACCGACCGCUUCGUGCUUCCUCGUGGCGAUGCUGAAGCAGAUGAGCAGCACCAGUCACGACUUGAUUACGAGACACGUAUCAGGCGCCGAGUUACCGAGAUGAUGCUGGCUAAUCUCUGCCGGGAUUUGCGUGAGCUUGAUGGCCUACCAUUCGACAAGGCCCGCGUCCUCGUCAAGGACGAUGUUUGGGAACGAUUGACCGCGCUUGGUGUUAUUAGGCGCAAACAGCCAGGAAAGACGAAUGACGACAGUUACUAG